AUGGAUACUUCAUCUUUAGAUUCAAGUAAUGACUUUUUGAUUGAAGAUGAAACUAAUUUGGAGGUUAACACUUGUAACAUUUGCAAAAAUGAGUACAUGUGCCCGAGGGUUCUCAACUGUUUGCAUGUAUUUUGUGAAAAAUGCAUCUUACAACUCGUAAAUGUUAACUCAAUGUUUAGUGUUCUUAAUAUAAUAUGUCCUACAUGCAGUCAACCAACAACUACUCAAUUAAAUCGUGGCACUUUGACAUUACCCCAAGAUUAUGUGACUAGGGAUAUUCUUGAAGUUGAAAGGUUGAAAACCCAUAGACUAGUUUGCAAAUCUUGUAGAGAUAAUAAAGAAGCAACUCAUAAAUGUAUUACUUGCUGCAAUUUUUUGUGUUCUAGUUGUGAGAGUAUGCACAAGAUGCUUGUAACACCAGGGCAAUAUCACUAUAUGGUUUCUAUCGAUGAAAUGAUUCAAAGUGCUCAGGAUAAAACUGCUCUACAUAAAAUGGUUUUGUGUGAAAAACACAAUAAUGAACAAAUGGUGUACUAUUGUAACACUUGUAAUGAGUUGGCUUGUACUAAAUGUCUCAAUAUACCUUCUCCGAGAACAUGUCAACAUAGUUAUGAUAGUCUUUCCAAUGCUUACAAAAAAUAUGGAACAGAGUUAGAGUAUCUAGUGCGGGAAAGUAAAAAUGUUAUGAAAAAUGUUUCUACAUUGCCAGCUACUUUAGAAAAAGCAUUGGAUAAUUUACAAACUUCUCAUGAUCAUGUAAAAUCAAACGUGGAAGAAACUUUUCAUAGUUUUAAAGCUAUAUUAGAGACUUGUAAAAAUGAGGUAUUGGUACAGCUUAAAUCCGCCCAAAAACAACAAGAAUUAAAGAUUAUGGACAAAUUUGAAGAGGUGAAGAAAAUCACAGACAACAUUAGUGGAGUACAACAAUUUGCCACACGUCUAUUAGAAAAUGGAAGUGAAUCUGAAAUUAUGGCAUUGAAAAAAUUAAUUUUUACUCAGAUGCUUCAGUUAUUUGGUCAAAUACCAGAUGUUGAUAUAGAUGCUAAGCUUUUGUAUUCUUCUGAUAUUAGUGGUUUUGAAAAUCAUUGCCGAAAAUAUUUUGGCCAAAUUGAAACAGAACAAGGGAUGAAUGUGGCAGUUGCACCUAUCUCUCCGCCUACUCCAAGAACCAAUUUUUUAACUGACCGCGUCUUUCCUCCGCCUAUGUUGUCACCUAUGGUUGAAUCGCAGAUAUUUGAUUUAAAUUUGGCUCGCUUAUGUUCAUUAAAUGUUGAUGAUAAUCCUAUUUUAUCAACAAUGUCAUCCCCUGAUUCAUUGGGUGAUUUAUUGAAUACAACAACUAGUUUGGAUGGUAGUUUUGCUUUAAACAAUUUACAGGCACUUGCUAAACUAGAUAAUUUGAACAUCAACAAUAACAAUAAUAAUAUGCUUCAAAGCCUGAUGAGUCCAUUAGCUUUGAAUCAAUCUGGCUUAGACCCAUUUUCGGUAGGUAGUGUGUCAUCUCUGAGUUCUCCUACAACUACUUUAUCUCCAGAUAUAUAUGGAGUAGCCACUAAUUCAAGUUGGUACAGUAAAGAAAGAAGAGCUCCGCCAACUCGGCCAAAACGUCAUUCUAGUAGGCCUAGUAUGGAUAUAGUAGCAAAAUUUGGUCAAAUGGGUAGUGGUCUUGGACAAUUCCAUUCACCUCAUGGUUUUUGUCUUAGUCCUACUGAAGAUAUUGUUGUUGCUGAUACGCACAAUCACCGUAUUCAGGUAUUUGAAAAAGAUGGUACUUAUAAGACUGAAUUUGGCAGAGAAGGGAAAGAGGAUGGAUACUUAUUUUAUCCUAGAAAAGUGGUUUUCUUAAACCAUAAUCAAAUAGUUGUUUGUGAUCGUGGUUCUGAUCGAUCCAGAGUACAAAUAUUUGAAUAUCCUACAGGUAAAUUUAUAAAAAAGAUUCAGGUCCAGUUUAUUGAAAUUGUGGCUGGAGUGGCUGUGACUGCAAAUGGACAUCUUGCACUGGUUGAUAGUGUACACCCAACAGUAUUUGUUUUAAAUGUAAAUGAAGAUAACGGCAUCAUGAAAUGGUUUGAUUGUGCUUCAUAUAUGGAAGAACCAUCAGACAUUAUUGUCAGAGAUGACGAUUAUUAUGUUUGUGAUUUCAAAGGACACUCAAUUGUAGUGUUUAAUGAUGAAGGUGUAUGUUUAAGACGUAUUGGUGGUGAAUACAUCACUAGUUUUCCAAAUGGCAUUGACAUUUCAGAAAAUGGAGAAAUAUUAGUUGGAGAUUCUCAUGGCAAUCGUUUCCAUGUUGCCGUUUUUUCUCAUGAUGGCACUCAUUUAACAGAUUUAGAGUGUCCUUAUAUUAAAGUGUCUCGUUGUUGUGGAUUGAAAAUAACUAGCGGUGGUCAUAUUGUUACUUUAGCAAAAAAUAAUCACCAUGUUCUUGUCUUGAAUGCAACUGUGUAA